AUGCUGAGUCGGCACUCUUUUCGUAGACUUCAAUCCCAUAGCUCGAGUUUACUAAGGCGUAACUUCUUUGGUGCCGCAGCUGUAACUUUAGGAGGAUUCAUAUUUGGUCAGGAUGCUCGUCUUGCCGAUUCCAUCAGCGAAGGUGAGGUGCACAACAAAAACGUUGAUUAUGAAGCUUUGAGAGAAGAAAAAGUGCAGAUGAGAUUGAAAUCAAUCAAGAGUAGUCGUCCAAUGGCGCCCCAAUACGAGGGCCAUGUUCCUCUUUAUCCACAUGAGCGCUUUCUUUUGUUCGUUACGUCGGGGCUAAGGUCCUACUACCAUCCUGAAAACGGUGACAAUAUAGUACAAUUGGGAGAGGCGACGGCUUUUCCUUGCUUCCUGGAAAAUCUAAAAGAGGUCAUGUUGUCAGAUAAAACAGGAAGGCAGAUUUUGAGGGAACAGCCCGAUAUUACGACUGAGAGUUUGCACAUGGACAGGUUGAAGGAGCUUGAUGAAAAUACGGUUGGGUACACUUACUACAAAUGGCUUCUUAGAGAAGGUGUCUCACCAGACACACGAGCUCCUGUCAAAUACAUUAACGAUCCCUUACACGCGUACAUUUUCAAGCGUUAUCGGCAAUGCCACGAUUUCUACCAUGCCAUCAAUGCACUUCCAAUCAAUAUCGAGGGCGAAAUUGCGGUGAAGACACUCGAAGCAGCAAAUAUCGGAGUGCCAAUGGCCGGAUUGGGUGCUCUUUUAGCGCCACUUCGCCUCAGCAAAGUCCAAAAGCAAAGAAUAUACGACAUUUAUAUUCCAUGGGCCCUGAGAGCUGGUUUGAGUAGCAAGCCCCUUAUUAACGUUUAUUGGGAGAAGAUUUUGGAUCGUGACGUGGAUGAGCUGCGCGAAGACUUGGAGAUUAGACCACCGCCUGAUCUUCGAACAAUUCGUUCCGAACGGGCAAAGUUGCGGAAGGCUUUCAAGCAAAAAUACGAAAACUACGAAAAACAACCAUAG